AUGAACUUUGAAUACUUCCCCGAACGAAAGCUCAGCAUUGUCUCUGCCCCCUUCUCCGGAGGCCAGCCCAAGGGCGGUGUCGACAAGGGCCCCGAGUACCUGCUCGGAGGAGGUCUCGAGAAGCACCUCCAGAGCCUCGACUGGGACACCAAAUUCGACGGACACCUUGAGUUCCCCGUGCCCGAGUCUGACGAGGACAUUGGCAAGAUGAAGCGACCCCGUUACGUCGCUGAGGCCUCUCGACGGGUCUACAAGGCUGUUUCUGAGGCUGCUGUCUCUGGACGGUUUGUGCUCACCAUCGGGGGUGACCACUCCAUCGCUGUUGGCACUGUUGCCGGUGUGCGAGAGAAGUACCCCGACGCCUGCCUCAUCUGGGUCGAUGCUCAUUGCGAUCUUAACACUCCCGCCGCUACCGACUCUGGCAACCUGCACGGCUGUCCUCUGUCGUGGGUCACCGGGCUCGCCAAGCCCGAGAAGGACGAUCCCUUCGGAUGGGUCCCCGAGUGUCUCGACUUCAAGAACCUCGCCUACAUUGCGCUGCGAGACGUGGACGACUUUGAGAAGAAGAUGAUCAAGGAACAUGGCAUCACCGCCUACUCCAUGCACCAUGUGGACAAGUACGGCAUUGGAAAGGUGGUCGAGAUGGCUCUGCAGAAGGUCAACCCCGAUCUCAGCAAACCCAUUCACCUCUCCUUCGACGUUGACGCCAUGGACCCCUUCUUUGCUCCCUCCACUGGAACUCCUGUUCGAGGAGGUCUCACCUGGCGAGAGGCCUGCUACAUCUGCGAGGAGCUUGCUGCCACCGGAAAGCUCGUCGCCAUGGACCUCGUCGAGUGCAACCCCGCUCUUGGUGCUUCUCAGAAGGAUAUUGACGACACCAUCAGCGCUGGCAUUUCCCUCGCCAAGAGUGCUUGCGGAGAUACUCUUCUGUAA